CUAGGAUGAGUGUCUCUCAGGAGAGAGAGGAGGCUGCAGGUCACCGCAAGACACUCAGACCAGAGUCUGCAGCACACAGCUGUGUGCAACAAAGCAGCAAAGCAACACACUCGGAUGGAGGCCCACAGACAGACAGAACUACAUCUCCAGUGCCCAGCUGUGUGUCCAUGAGUGCUAUUAUCAACUUCAGCAGUGAACCAGUUCCACCAGGUCUAAAACCACAGACAGACAGACCUCCAUCUCCAGUGCCCAGCUGUGUGUCCAUGAAGAGUGAUCAGUCCAUGGGUGCUAUUAUCAACUUCAGCAGUGAACCAGUUCCACCAGGUCUAAACCCACAGACAGACAGAACUCCAUCUCCAGUGCCCAGCUGUGUGUCCAUGAAGAGUGAUGUGUCCAUGGGUGCUAUUAUCAACUUCAGCAGUGAACCAGUUCCACCAGGUCUAAAACCACAGACAGACAGACCUCCAUCUCCAGUGCCCAGCUGUGUGUCCAUGAAGAGUGAUCAGUCCAUGGGUGCUAUUAUCAACUUCAGCAGUGAACCAGUUCCAUCAGGUCUACAGUCAAGGGCUGAUCUGACCCAGGAUCAGUCCAGGUGUGGAGUGUGUGAGCAGGUCCUGAGGGACCCAGUCAUCACCACCUGUGGACACAGUUUCUGCAGGCAGUGCAUCAGCAGCUACUGGGAGCAGCCUGGACUACCAGGAGACCAAGCCUGUCCCCAGUGUGGAAAGACAUGCAGAACCCAACCUCCUCUACAGCCUCCUCUGGAUGAACACACGGAUAUGAGCACACAAGGUGAACACACUGGCUUGAUCAACAGCAGGAGACACCUUCACACUGAACAUACACCAGGCAGAAAGAGGGAACUAGAUGAGGACCUGAGGAGAGUUAUAAAGAAUCACAAAGCCAGUCUGAAGAGGAGGUUUGAGAACAUAUCUGAAGGCAUCAUCAAACCAGGAGCUGGGAUACUCCUCAAUAAGAUCUACACAGAGCUCUACAUAACAGAGGGAGAGAGUGAAGGGGUGAAUAAGGAACAUGAGGUUUGGCAGGUAGAGUCAGCGUCCAGAUCUCAAUCCACAGAAGACACACCAAUCAACUGCAACGACAUCUUCAAGCCCUUACUUGGACAGGAGAAGCACAUCAGAACUGUGAUGACCAAAGGUGUUGCUGGAAUUGGAAAAACUGUCUCAGUUCAGAAAUUCAUUCUUGAUUGGGCAGAUGGGGUAGCCAAUCAGGAUAUAGAUUUUAUGUUUCCCCUUUCUUUCCGUGAGCUUAAUUUAGUCAGGGGUGAUCAGUACAGUCUUCACAGGCUCCUGCUUGACUUCAAUCCUAAACUGAAGGAGCUGAAUGACAGUGAUGGAUAUAAAGACUGUCAGGUUCUGUUCAUCUUUGAUGGUUUGGAUGAGAGUCGGUUGACUCUCAACCUGGAACAGAACAGUAAGUUGUCUGAUGUGAAACAAACAUUAUCAGUGGAUGUUCUGAUGACAAGCCUCAUUCAGGGAACUCUGCUUCCCUCUGCACUAAUCUGGAUAACCUCAAGACCAGCUGCAGUCAGUCAGAUUCCUACUCAGUUCAUCGACCAGGUAACAGAAGUACGAGGAUUCAAUGACACACAGAAGGAAGAAUACUUCAGGAAGAGAAUCGGUGAUGAGAGUCUGGCCAACAGAAUCACUUCACACAUUCAAACAUCCAGGAGUCUCCAUAUUAUGUGCCACAUUCCAGUCUUCUGUUGGAUUGCAGCUACUGUGCUUCAGCAGAUGCUGGAAAAGAAAAACAUCAAAGACAUUCCCAAAACGCUGACUGAGAUGUUCAUACACUUCUUGCUCAUCCAAACCACAAGAAAGGAUCAGAAGUAUAAGAGUGGACCUGAAACAGAUACAAAGAAAGUUCUGGAAUCUCAGAGAAACAUUUUACUGAAGCUGGCAGAACUGGCUUUCAAGAAUCUAGAGAAUGGCAACCUCAUGUUUUAUGAGGAAGACCUGAGAGAGUGUGGCAUUGAUGUCAAUGAAGCCUCAGUGUACUCUGGUAUGUGCACUGAGAUCUUCAAGACAGAACCUGUGGAAUCUCAAAAGAAGAAGGUCUACUGCUUUGUGCAUCUUAGUGUCCAGGAGUUUCUGGCAGCUGUGUUUGUGUUUCACUCGUAUUUGGCUAAGGACCUUGAAGCUCUGAAAUCCCUCAUCACUGAUGAGCGUAAAGAUGAACUCAAUCCAUCAGUUUUAUCUUCUUUUCAAUCAGCACUAGGGUUUAAAGACGAUUUAAAUGUUUUACUUAAGAGUGCAGUUGAUAAGGCUUUGGAGAGCCCGAAUGGACACCUGGAUCUCUUCCUUCGCUUCCUUAUGGGCAUUUCUCUGGAGAGUAAUCAUAGACUCCUGCAAGGUCUACUGAACCGCACACACAACAGCUCAAAUAGCAUCAAGAAAAUAUGUGAGUACAUGAAGAAGCUGAACAGAGAAGGUCUCUCUCCGGAACGAUGCAUCAAUCUUUUCCACUGCUUAUUUGAAAUGAAUGAUGAUUCCAUGCACAAAGAAAUUCAGACAUAUUUGUCAUCACCAAAGAACAUCAAACAGAAGUUAUCUCCUGCCCACUGUUCAGCACUGGCCCACAUGCUUCUGAUGUCUGAGGAUGUGCUGGAUGAGAUUGACCUGAAGAAAUACAACACAUCAGAUGAGGGACGCAGGAGACUGAUCCCAGCUGUGAGGUGCUGCAGAAAGGCAAAACUUGCUGAAUGCAAACUCUCAGAGAAGUCCUGUGGAAUUGUGGCUGCUGUUCUACAGUCUCCAAACUCCCUGAUAGAGCUGGACCUGAGUCACAAUGACCUGGGAGAUUCUGGAGACCAUCUUCUCUCUAAGGGACUGUCUAGUCCUAACUGCAAACUGCAGACCUUAAGACUCAGUAAGUGUGGCAUCUCAGAUGAAGGUUAUGUUUGUCUGGCUCUGGCUCUGAUGUUAAACCCCUCCUGUGUAAAUGAACUGGAUGUGAGCAACAAUCAUCCUGGAGAAUCAGCACAGAAACUGUUAUCUGCUACACUAGAGGAUCCUCACCGUAAAGUUGAAGCACUUAAAUUUGCUGACUGUAAACUCACAAAUAAAUCCUGUGAGAUUGUUACUUCAGUUCUACAAUCACCAAACUCCCUGCUUCAGCUGGACUUGAGUCACAAUGAUCUGGGGGAUUCUGGAGUUCAGCUUCUCUCCAAAGGACUGUCCAGUUUUAACUGCAAAAUACACACAUUGAGGCUCUCUGAUUGUCUCAUCUCAGAGAAGGGUUGUGGUUUUCUAGCUUCAGCUCUGACUUCAAACCCCUCCCAUCUAAGAGAGCUGGAUCUGAGCUACAAUCAUCUUGGAGAAUCAGGACUGAAGCUGUUAUCUGCUAGACUGGAGGAUCCUGUCUGUAAACUGGAGAUACUUAAAACUGACCCCGCUUUAGCCCAUGCUUUAGACAGAGCACGACCACGUUUGCUGAGAUAUGCCUGUGAUCUCACACUGGACCCCAACACAGCAAGCAGAUAUCUCUCUCUCUCUGAGGGGAACAGAAAGGUGACACAUGUGGAUGAGUUGCAGUCGUAUCCUAAACACCCAGAGAGAUUUGACUACUGGGAUCAGGUGUUGUGUAGAGAGGGUCUGACUGGACGCUGCUACUGGGAGGCUGAGUGGAGUGGAGGAGCUCGUAUAUCUGUGGCCUAUAAAAGCAUCAAGAGGAAAGGGAGGGGUGUUGACGUCAUAAUGGGACAGAAUGCCAAGUCCUGGAGUCUGCUCUGCUCUCAUUACAGUUACUCUGUCUGGCACAAUAAUGAACAGACUGACAUACCUGCCCCCUCCUCCGGCUCCAGAAGAGUAGGAGUGCACCUGGACUGGCCGGCCGGCACUCUGGCCUUCUACAGCGUCUCCUCUGAUACACUCACCCACCUGCACACGUUCCACUCCACAUUCACUGAGCCCCUCUGUCCAGGGUUUAGGUAUUAUGGUGAUUAUGGCUCCUCAGUGUCCCUGUGCCAGAUCACAUGAGCUCCUCCUCCAGCAGGUACAUCCACCUGUCACCCUUUCUCUCAAUCCUCAGUCUCUUUCCCCCUCUCCUCUCUUUCUCUCUCUCUCUCCCUCUCUCUUUCUCUCUUUCCCCUCCCUCAGUCUCUACUUCCCCUCCCUUCUCUCUCUCAUUCCCCUCCCUUUCUCUCUCCCUCUCUGUCCUCUCUUCCUCUCUCUACUAGUGCUGGGCGGUAUACCGGUUCACACCGAAUACCGGUGUAUAUUUUCGUUAUGAUAUGAAUUUUUAAUAUACCGCCAUACCGGUGUAUUUGAUUACACUGUGGGCGGAAUGCUGCGUCGCGCGUCAUUGUUUCAGACGGGACCCUUUUCAGUGUUGCGCUUCUAAACACGCAUGGAGAAAGUAAACAGUGGAGCCUGUAGCACAAGACACCUCACGUUCUCCCUUUAACCCUAUGAGCCCGACGGACGCAAAGUGCGUCAAAAAACGCACACAUUUUCUUUGUUACAUUGCUCCGCUAUUAUUAGUCACAGCGAGAUGAAACUUAUAUUGCAGGAAAGAGCAGAACCGGGGCUUUCCAACGAUACUAGACACUUGUCUGUACGAUCAAGUAUGAAAAUAAAAUAAAAUGAUGAAGUUAAAUCAAAGUAUAUCAUAUUUACAGUCUAUAUUGCUCUGCAUUCACCGGCGCAUCCCGAACUCUUGCUUAAAUUACUCGCGGACCACGCAUCGCACAGACAUGACACGCAUAUCAAAUGAAAGAGGAGAAGCAGAGCUUUGCAUUGAUACCAAAUACAUCGAUCAUUUCGUAUGAUAAAAUCAGACGAAGUUACAAACAAAUAAUAAUGUCAUAUAGCUUUGGCUACCUUUACUCUCGUUUGAUUUCCUCGUGAAAUCGCGAUCAAAAAGAUUUGGCACGCAUGUCAGAUGAAAGAGGAGAGCUAGAGCUAUCCACAGAUACCAAAUACAACCUUCUAGGCCAUAAAACAGACGAAGUGACAGCAAAAUAAUAACUUCAUUUAGCUCCACUUACCUCGUGUUUUUGUGUGGAAUAGCCUAUGUUCAUAAUCCAAUGUUAUCAUGUGUUUCUCCAUGACAAGUCACGUUCAUAACACGGUUUUGAGAUCCUAGCACACUCCUGUAUGGUAUCCAAUUCAAGACUCAUAUUGCAUCCAAAUUUGUUUGACAAAUAAACACUUUUUGCCUUUACUUUGUUCAUUGCAAUGCGGUAAAACAAAUAUUAUAGAGAAUCAUCAUCUGUGCACGUCAUGUGUGCUACCGCAAACAAGUCAUGUCAGAUCAGCUAGUGUCACAAAUAUGGAGUGCAAAAAGUGCCAAAAAGUAUUUUUUUCAUCACUAAAUAAAAAUUGCCAUUUAUUUCUGGAAGGCACACACCACAUAUUUCUGUAAGUUGCUCAGCCCCAAAGUAUACCUCCACCAUGGUUCUUAUAUUGCCGUGUUCAGGACAGUCAGGCCUACAUAACCAUGUAAGUUUUGUCGAGAUGUGAGCUUGCUGUGGUGAGAUACACAUCAAAAUAUAAGAAUUUGUAUAGUACGCUUUUCAACUUUUUAUUAUUUAAAAAUCUAAAUCAAAUCAAUGCAAGUAUUUAUACAUUACAUUGUGGCAGAUCUGGAUAGCCUAGACUGUGCUGAAAAAAACAAUAUGUAGCAUGUGUGAAUGGCACUUACAAUGACCAGGAUAAAUGCUUCUAACUAGAGGUAGUGAAAAUGCUCUAAAAACACCUUAGGGCUCAUAGGGUUAAUAAUGAUGCAGAAGGCUUAUUUGUUCCUUUGCUAAGGGAUUUAUUUACGGGUGUUGCACAGAAUACCUUAAAUUGUUCCCCUAGUUAAAGAAAAGCGUUACUGGUCUUAAUAACCUACAUUGAAAGGGAUUUUCCAGUAGGCAAAAAAAAAAGAUUGUUCACCGCUGUAACUAGCUAGCUGGCAAGUAGGCGAACCCACCGAACACAGGAAAGCUUUAUGAUCUUAUAAUUCAUCUUACCUUAAUAACAUUCGCUGAAAUUAUCUAAAUAGAAAGUAAAGCAUGUUACAGACAUGAACUGAACAAUACUAGCUGGUUAGUUAGUCAUGAUCUUGACUGUCAUCAGUGCACUGAAACGAACUUUUGUGUUUACAUUUUGCUUAGCGAACCGUAACUUGAUAGGCUAACAAGACAUCCACGUGAAUUCUGUAAACGUUAGCCUACCACUAAUGUUAUGUGUAGAGCACACAAUAACAGCACGGCAUGAUUUUGAUGGGCCUAUUUGACAGAGUAGGCAUAUUAGCGGAGCAGUCUCUUCACUUAGUCACACUUGCUUUAUAUUUCCUUUUUAUAUUUACUUGAAAACAGUGUACUUGGGCUUGAACUAGUAUUGCACUACUUUUUGUGUAGGUUUGUGCAAUUUGCAUAGUAAAAGUUCUGUAUUUUGACUGCAAUUGCCCAUUAGAAUCAUGAGUGCCUCUUUGUAAACAGCAUCAUGGCCAUACAACCUGUAAUACUACUACUAGUGUGGAAUUAUUCUACAAUAUUCACUCAUCAUGACAGUAAAAUAGGCCAUCCUAAGUCAAUCUACUGCAGUAAUUCCUUGGUCAACCCAUAGAAAAUGUUGCGAACACCUGAUUAUGCAAGGAAAAAAAAUACCGUCAUAUACCGUGAAACCGUCAGAAUUUUGAAAAAUACCGUGAUAUACAUUUUUGGCCAUACCGCCCAGCACUACUCUCUACUCCCUCUUUUUCUCCCUUUCUCCUCUUCAUCUCUUUCUGAUCCUUCAUUCUUUCUCUGUCUCCUCUCCCCGUCCUACUCCUCCUCCUCCUGUUUUCUCCCUUUUCCCUCUUCUGCUUCUCUUUGUGUGUGUGUGUGUGUGUGUGUGUGUGUGUGUGUGUGUGUGUGUGUGUGUGUGUGUGUGUGUGUGUGUGUGUAUGAAA